AAUAAUAUUAAAUAAAUUAGCGUAAAUAUGACACUUAUAAUUUGCAUAAAUGAUUAUUGGCAACAUAAAGUUUACUACAAAAUAACGCCAUCCAAAGAAAAUGUCAACAAUAACAGCUUUAACAAAAACAGCCUAGAAAUUUUGCAAACAAUCAAAAGGACAAAAAAGUGCCCAAAUGUCAAACUGCCGGUGGAAGUAAAAAAACGUUUGAGCUGGAAUAUAGAUGGUAUUAGUUUCUUCUAUUUGAACCAGGAACUCUUGAACUAUUCAGAAUACAGAGGAGUGUUGAGCACUCAACUGAAUUUAAAGGGAGUGCAAUUAUUAUGGUUACAAAUUGUACAGCCUGAAAGGGAUGUUAUAGAUUGGAAGUGGAAUAGAAUGCUGGCUGUUAUAUUGUGGGAAAAAAUAGAAACCGAAUAUCUUAUGUCCUGGUUAUCAACACUAGGUGGUGCAUUUUCAGCCCUAGGCGAACAAUUUUCCAAAUGCGCUGAAAUGGCUGGCAAAAUAUCAAAGAAACAACUAACGAUUGGCAUUAAAUUGGGUGAUCCGUUUCUGCAAUCUAGAUGUAAACUCUUCUACAGUAUAUCACUGAUACAAACGGGUCGUUUGAGAUCAGCCAAGUAUAUUAUAAGACAGCAAUAUGCCUUUGCCCGGCGACACGAAGAAGUCGAUGGACGUUUAGUAAAAAUGUGCAAAGGCAUUUGGUUAAAAUUACAAUACGAAUAUGGACUCAGACAAAAGGCUCGCAAAAAAGAACAUCAAUCUGUGAAAUCAGUGGUGCAGGUGACAAAUAGAAAUCAAUAGAUAAUGUGAUGCCACUGUUAAACGCAAACUGCUGUUGAUAACUCAGGACUGUAAAACGAACGAGUACCCAAAUUCUAAAAAUAACAAUCUUAUAAACAAAGUUUAAUAUUGGAUAUUAUUUUUUUAUUACUGUUAACAUCCAAUGUAAUUUUUUUUAUUUUAGUUUUCUUAUGUAAAAAUUAUAACAUUUUUCAAAUUUUGAAACUUUUAGUCCAAGUGGUGUUCCUUUACCAGAUACAUAUAAACAAUGGAGAUGUAAUAAAGUGUCCUCUUAUAACUAAUAAUAAAAAAAGUUGCUUUAUAAACUCAAAACAAAAUAGGAAUUAUAUUAAAUACUAAAUAAAUAUUAAAAUUUGCUUCUA